AUGUUCAAACUGGAGGGACUCGGGCCUAAAAUGGACCCGGAAGAGAUGAAGAAGAAAAUGCGUCAGGACGUUAUCUCAUCGUUACGAAACUUCAUUAUUUACGUCGCUCUUCUUAGAGCCAGUGAGUAACAACACAGACAGAUGACAUUGAUCAUUAAAACCACCAUCACUGACUUCCAACACUGCUUAUCAGUGGUGUUUAAGACAUUGUAGUUUACUUGAUACCUCUAAUAAAUCCACACGCCUCCAUCUGAAGGUUCUGUGCUGCUAAACUGUGUUCAUUUACGAACAAAACAAGAACAGCAGCUGUCUUUUUUUACUAUACCUUUCUUUCUGAUAUCAUACAUAAAUGAUCUUUAAUUCUGUCUUUGCAGCCCCAUACGUGUUAAAGAAGUUGGACAGCAUAUAA